GUGGGUAAUAAGUCGGAUUGUGUUAGCUUCCAUCUUCGUACUUCAGAUGCAAUUAACAUAGCUGUCAGAUGCAAGCCAUCGGGUCUGGAAAUAUCAAAACAAACACCUGGUUCAGAUGGUUUAUUAUUUACUGAACUAGACCAGCCAAAUGCUCAGCCUUGUCUUGAUACAAAAGAGUUUGAUCUGUUGAGCAACAUAAUGCAAGCUGUUGAUGAAGCC